CCUUCGUCCACCUCGCGCCGCCGGACAAAUUCGUCCGCGCCGGACAUGUCCGCCGCCUCAGCCACGUCGCCCGGACCAAUCCCGGGGCGACACAUCAGCGCCGCCGACUCCCUCCUCCAAUCCCGCGGUGCCACGUUGCCCGCGCCGCGCCCCACCUCACCACGCCUCCUCCCGCGGCCCGCUGGACCCGAGGCGGGCCCGCCCGGGCCCGGAUCUGCCCGCCGCCGCCAAGUAGUCCCGCGCCUCGCGCCCGUUGUCUUCUCCGCCUCCGGUCGCCGGCCGGAUCGCCAGCGCCGCCGCUUGCGGCGCGCCGCCCCGCCGCGUGUGCUCCUCGCCGGCGCCCCGCGGGACGCGUGCUCCGCCGCCGCCAUGCAACGUCGCCGCGCCGCCCAAGCCGGUCGCCGCCUCCUCCGACCGUGCCUCACCGGACUCCGGCGAUCCCCGCCGCCCUGGCCGAGCGCCACCGCCUCCUCGACGCCGCCUCGGCUCCCGUGCGCCUCCGGCGACCUCGCCGGACCCGGCCGCCGCCCCGUCCCAGAUCCGGCCGGGUGGGAUGAGAUCCACCCGGUCCGCCAACCAAACACGCCGCCCGAGCCCGGAUCUCCUCGUCCCGCAUCACCCCGUCCAGUUUUCAGAGGAGCCGGGAGAUGAGUUCGCUAACGAGGAGCCCGUUGAGUUUGCUUUCGAGGAUCCAGUC